CAUUUUUGUUCCCAGAUAGAUCUCUCAUAUUUGUCUUACCCUCCAUUACAGUGAUUAUAGCUCACAGGUCUUGGAUUGACUUCUGGUGUAAAAAAAAAACAAAAUGUGGCUGAGUUGUGUCGUUCACGUCAAGGAGACAGGACUGGAGCUGACCUGUGGUGAACUUGCGCGCUGUGUUUUCCAGACUCUGUAGGACCCAGCGGAAAACUGCUCCAGCCGGAGGGAGACGAGAGCGAGAGAGAGGGAGAAGGGCUGAGUGGGGAGAAGACGCUCUCAGAUCAGUCAGUGGCUUCAUGGAGUUAUGUACCUCUGAUCCGCCGCCAUGGAUUGCAAUCCGCGAUCACUCCUCUUCUUUUUACCGCUUUUGUUGUCCUGCGUUGUUCCUGCGUUCCCCGUCAUCUACCCCCACAAUGAAGUCAACCUGUUAGACUCUAAAGCAAGCCAGGGGGAGUUAGGAUGGAUUUCCUACCCAUCGCAUGGGUGGAGGGAAAAUUGGGAAGAGAUCAGUGGGGUGGACGAGCACUACACUCCGAUCAGGACCUUUCAGGUCUGCAACGUGAUGGAGUACAGCCAGAACAACUGGCUCCGCACCAACUGGAUCCCUCGCCAGUCUGCCCAGAAGAUCUACGUGGAGCUGAAGUUCACCCUGAGGGACUGCAACUCCAUCCCGCUGGUCCUGGGCACCUGCAAGGAGACCUUCAACCUCCUCUACCUGGAGGCGGACGACGACCAGGGCAGCCACUUCAGGGAGCACCAGUUCACCAAGAUCGACACCAUCGCCGCUGACGAGAGCUUCACCCAAAUGGACCUCGGCGACCGCAUCCUCAAGCUCAACACCGAGGUGCGCGAGGUGGGUCCCAUGACCAGGAAGGGCUUCUACCUGGCGUUCCAGGACGUGGGCGCCUGCGUAGCUUUGGUUUCGGUGAGGGUUUACUUCAAGAAGUGCCCGUACAUUGUGAGGAAUCUGGCCUCCUUCCCCGACACUGUGCCCAUGGACUCGCAGUCGCUGGUGGAGGUCAAAGGCUCCUGUGUCAAUCACUCCAAAGAGGAGGAGUCUCCGCGAAUGUACUGCAGCACAGAGGGGGAGUGGCUCGUGCCUAUUGGGAAGUGUCUGUGCAACCCGGGUUACGAGGAGCGAAGCAACACCUGUCAAAUGUGCAGGGCGGGCUUCUACAAGUCGACGCUCGGGAACAUGGAGUGUUCCAAGUGUCCACCUCACAGCGUCUCCCACCACGAGGGGUCGUUGCACUGCGGCUGCGAGAAGAACUACUUCCGCGCGGAGGGCGACCCCGCCGCCAUGGCCUGCACCCGUCCUCCUUCAGCUCCUCGUAACGUGAUCUCCUCCAUCAACGAGACGUCGGUCAUCCUGGACUGGAGCUGGCCAGAGGACGCCGGUGGCCGCAGGGACGUCACCUUCACUGUUCUCUGCAAACGCUGCCGUGCUGUCGCGGCCAAUGGCAGCAACGGCGGAACCAUGCGCUGCGAGCCAUGUCGUAGCAACGUUCGCUUUCUGCCGAGAGCCACGGGCCUCCACAACACCACGGUGACGGUGGGCGACCUGCUCGCUCACACAAACUACACAUUUGAGAUUGAGGCGCAGAACGGGGUUUCACCUUCGGCACCCAAGAUGAGGCAGUACGCGGCUGUGACGAUCACCACCAACCAAGCUGCUCCAUCUCCGGUAACAGUGAUCAGAAAGGAAAAGACGUCUCGAAACAGUGUGUCUCUGUCCUGGCAGGAACCAGAACGACCCAACGGCAUCAUCCUGGACUAUGAGAUCAAAUACUACGAAAAGGAGGAGCAUGAGACCAGCUACACCAUCCUCCGUGCACGCGGCUGUAAUGUGUCUUUAAACGGGCUGAAGCCCAGCACCGCCUACCUGCUGCAGAUCCGAGCUCGCACCGCCGCAGGAUACGGAGCCAGCAGCCCCAGCUUCCAGUUCGAGACCAGCCCUGACUCAGCCUUCUCUAUCUCCAGUGAGAGCAGUCAGGUGGUUCUGAUCGCCAUUUCCUCCGCCGUGGCCAUCAUCCUGCUCACCGUGCUGCUCUACGUCCUCAUCGGCAGGUUUUGUUGCCACAGCAAAUCCAAACAUCCUGAUGAGAAAAGACUGCACUUUGGCAACGGUCACCUGCGUCUGCCGGGUAUCAGGACCUACGUGGACCCCCACACAUACGAGGACCCGAGCCAGGCCGUGCACGAGUUCGCCAAAGAGCUGGACGCCUCCUGUAUCGCCAUAGAUAAAGUUGUGGGAGCAGGUGAGUUCGGCGAGGUGUGCAGUGGUCGCCUGAAGAUGCCCAGUAAGAAGGAGAUCUGUGUGGCCAUCAAGACUCUCAAAGGAGGAUACACGGACAAGCAGAGACGGGACUUCCUCGCCGAGGCAUCGAUCAUGGGGCAGUUUGACCACCCCAACAUCAUCAGGCUGGAGGGGGUGGUGACUCGCAGUAAACCCGUGAUGAUCGUCACAGAAUACAUGGAGAACGGAUCCCUGGACAGCUUCUUGAGGAAACACGAUGCCCAGUUUACAGGGAUCCAGUUGGUCGGCAUGCUGCGUGGCAUCGCCUCGGGUAUGAAGUACCUGUCGGACAUGGGCUACGUUCACCGAGACCUGGCAGCGCGAAACAUCCUGGUCAACAGCAACCUGGUGUGUAAGGUGUCCGACUUCGGCCUGUCCCGGGUGCUGGAGGACGACCCGGAGGCUGCGUACACCACCAGGGGAGGUAAGAUCCCUAUUCGGUGGACGGCACCAGAGGCCAUCGCCUACAGGAAGUUUACAUCGGCCAGUGAUGCUUGGAGUUAUGGCAUCGUUCUCUGGGAAGUGAUGUCAUACGGGGAGCGACCGUACUGGGAGAUGUCCAAUCAGGAUGUAAUAAAAGCUGUGGAUGAGGGUUACCGCCUCCCCCCGCCCAUGGACUGUCCCGCCACUCUCUACCAGCUGAUGUUGGACUGCUGGCAGAAGGAGAGGAACAACCGGCCGAAGUUUGAACAGAUAGUCAGCAUCCUGGAUAAACUCAUCCGCAACCCUGGUAGCCUCAAAAUCACGGCCAACACCACGUCCAGGCCGGCCAACUUGUUGCUGGACAGGAGUAGUUCAGAGGUUCCCUCGAUGGGGACGAUGAGCGAAUGGAUGGACGGAAUGAGGACCUUACCCUGCAAGGAGGCCUUCUCUGGGGUCAGCUACAGCUCCUGCGACACCCUGGCCAAGACUUCCACAGAUAGAGUGGUUCUGACGGAGGUCCACGUCACACCUGCCACUUGCCCAGAAUGGGAGCCGUCCAUGGGGAUCACCACUCUCUAACGCCCGGCUCCUCUCCGCCUCCUCAGGCUCUGGAUGAGAUCUGAAAAAGGUCGGAGUGACAAUUGUAGGACCACAGAAGAAGAUCGUGAGCAGCCUCAAAGCCCUAGAUUCCCACACCAAGGACGGCCCAGUACCUGUUUAAUAAUAAAGAAAAAAACAACAUGUCUUUCCGUCUGUGUUAACAGACUGUGGUUGCUAAUCGCACUCUAACACAGUGGCUGCGUAUCCAAACUACAAACGGAUGGAAGAGGAGGAAAAAUAUAUGAUUCAGGCGAGGGGCUUUGAUUGUUUUGUUGAGAGACGAUGUCAAGUCCUGACAAGUGGAACAGGAGGGAGAUCAGCUGGUGAAACGGCUGACUCUUCAUCCCUCUGUCCCUCCAUGCCCAAGUUGAGAUUGCCUUACAGACUAACCAGAGGGUGGGGAGAGCCGAGGAGGGGAGUGAGACCUGGUCAGGGAUUCAAACUGGGUCUGGACUUGGAUACAGGGCAAGGACUGGACUAACGUGGAAGCCGGAGCGCUCCAAUAUUGGCAAAGCUGGGUAGCGUAGCCUUCCCUUUUUACGGCUAAAAGGGAUUCAGGCAAUGCUCACAGUCUCUUCCCACCAGCCUGUGGAACGAGGCGGUGAAACGCCUGAGCGGCCUCGUGUUGAGGAGCAAUGGUGGACAAUAGCAGCUCACCUGGAUGUGGACCCUUCCUGGACUAAUGAAGCCUGAGGUGUUGACGUGAACUACCUACAUUUACUGUCUCUAUCCAUGAGAGAGCUGAGCUGGUAUUCACACCAAGACAAUAACCCAACCAUUUUACUCCGUAGCUCUAACCUAUAGCAUUUACAUUCAGUAGAAAUGUCACAUAAAAGCAAUAAUGAUGAUAAUCAGUUAAAUAGUCUCAUCGUGGAAGCCAUGACUCCGUCACAUGUAUAACGUAGUGAACGCUGUGCUUCGAAGGUACAGAGGCCAUAACACACUUCACACACCGAAUUUUUAUAUGUUCUAUGUGCUUACGAGCAGAUACUGUACAGUUUUUAGUGCUGUUCCCUCAACCGAAUGCCCUUUGUGUGAAAUCUCAGGAUGUAUUCAUUCAUUUAUUUUUGUUCUAACAGGGAGAAACAGAGCGAGCGAGAGGGAGCAUUGCCAGGAAUUGAGAUUGUAGGUUAGGAAAGAUGGGAGCCAGAAAAGGUUGAAGCGGAGGAAACAGACUAAGAGAACUUUAACCAUGCCUGCUGCACAGAGGAUAAUAAGCCUGAUUAUGGGUCUGAUUCCAUCCUCCUGAUGAUCGCGGGGGCAGCGAAGAUUUGAAGGCUAUGAUCUGAACAGAUUAUCUGGCAAAAAUACCCUAAAGACAUAGUUUUAAUGUCACUGACUGAAUCUGAGCCUCCCUGGUUUCGAACCGAGGAGGCCUGUCAUGUAAGGCCUCUCCGAGGGGAAAGUGGGGAGACCCAUGUAGUGCAAAAAGAACAGCAGUUUGGCGAGUGAGCAGAAACCCGCAAUAGCCAAUGAGAGCAAGCUGAAGCGUCAGCGUCACAAACCGGCUGUUGCGUACCUGUGUUUAGAACUAAAACAUGGCGGCCCACAGUCUAAAAAAGACGUUUGUUUCCCGUGCCAGGUGGAUAGUAGACUAAGAGGACAAACUCGUGGAAUUGCGACGACAGUAAGCUUAUUUAAUGCGUCCCAUUGUUUGUGCGAAACAUCACUGAUGAUGCCGGCCUCCAUGUUUGUUUAUAUUCCGAAGUCUGUGAGGUCCCGGAAUCUCCAGAAUCACGGGAAUCACCGCUCAGAGAUGGUUUGUUAAAGCGCCAAGUGUGUGGUCCUGCGUCUCGACUGGAUUUGUCGAGCGUUCUUGAUUAAAUGAUCAAACAUCAGUUACAUCUGUCGUUAAGUCUUAAUUCUCUCACGUCAGUUAAGAUUUGAAAAUCCUCCAGUGUGCAGCAGGCAGUAGAUGAAGCAGUGUCAUCUGUCCAGGCCUCCGCUUCAGAUGCUGUUGUGUUGUGGAAGUGUUUCAAACUAGACGUGAGUUUGUACUUGAGCUUCUUCCUCAGGUCUUAGCGGAUUGGCAUCAUCAGCCCCACAGAACACCAGGUGUAGUCACUGUAGAUCACACUGCUUCUCUGUCGUUUGCUUUGGUCUGAAUCCAUAACUUAUUAACAAUAGCCACGGGGGGAUCUGUCAUUCACUUCUUUAAUCAGAACUGUGCUGUAAAAAUACUGUUAAAAUUAGCUCUUAAUCCAUAAAUCCUGGUGUGUUAAAUGCAAAAGUAAAAUUCUACUUUUUUUCAAACCCAUGUGGGAUCUGUCAUUUACUUCUUUGAUCAGAAAUUUGCUCUAAGAAAAAAAUAAAGUUCUUUGUUCUUGUUUAAAAUUAGCUCUUAAUCCUUAAAUCCCGGCGUGUUAAAUGCAAAAAGUAGAGUGCCUCCUGUUGCUGUGUUCAGGGUUCGGUUCAUGGUGGGAUCGCCAAGCAAAAAGCUCCAGUUUGUCUUUGUCUUCAACAAAGUCUUGGUGUAUUUUUCUGUGUUCUCACGAGGGCAUCGGGGUUUACUGUCACUGCUGUAAACCAACAGCAAGGUGUGGGAAUGCCCUGAAACAGAUGUAACAUUUCCAAUAGAUUCUUCUCUCCUAGGUCAUCAUACGUCCAGGAUGGGAUUUCCUAAGGGCACCUUAGAACUUAAAUGAUAUUUGUACAAUGAAGUACAUGUUUAAAGACGCCUCCUGCUUCAAUGUCACCCAGUCAACACACACCCAGUAUUUCUAAACUGGCCCUUUGGUACUUUGUGCUGCUGGUUGGGUCAUAUUUAACCACGAGGAUGCUUCUUUGAGCCUGUUCCAAGCACUUAGUACACAGUAUUUGAGCACUUUCAAUGGAAAUGUAACUGCCUUGGCUAUAGACUUAAGCUUAAUAAAUGGACCGGGGGGGUGAGUCCGGUGCUUUUGGGAAACCCAGCCCUGUUCAGUGUCAUCGGUCGCUCCUCUGUUACUCGGUCAACCUGUGGAUGCUGCUGUUGCUGCUAUGUGUUCCAAUUAGCAUGUACAUACUGUAAACCAACUAGCAACUAGCACUACAGAUCCCACUAUUUGUACAUGGCCAUCCCUCUUUGUAAAAAUGUUUGUAUGUAUAAAAGAAUAAAUAAAAAAAAUGGUGCGACAUUUUAAUUAAAAAAAAAGAGUCAAAAAUCAUCUGUAUUAUAUUUUAUCUUGUUUUGAGUUAUAAUUGUCCGCUUUGUUUUUUUUUCUACAAUAAAAAGGCGAUUAUGAUUACGUUAUUAUUUAUUUGUUAACAUUAUAAAGCGCAAUGUGUUUUUUUCUUUUGUAGCAUACAGUAAAUUAUGUGUCAGCGCUAUCUUGUGUUUUUGGUUUUUUUGGACUUACUUUAUAAACCUGGGACAUCUGAGAGAGCAAUACUGUUAUAAUGCACCCCUAUAUCCAGAUCCCUCAUCUUCUGUCUCAAGACUGACUCGUGUGUCUGUGUGAGAGUUUCCGUGUGCAAAUGUAGAUGGCCUUGUCUACUAAUGUAAAAUGAUUUGUAGUGGAAACAUUUAUAUUUUUAUAAUAAAUAUUGGCAAAAUAUUUUCCAAAAAAUGGACGAUGA